CUUAAAAUAGUAUUAUUUGAAACGAGUCCUCUGCUCUCCACACCUCUCCCUCCAUGGCCAGCACUUCGUCUUCUGCUUUAACCAGAAGACCUUCGUUCUUCUCUUUUGCUGCCCUUUCUUUAUCUUCGUCACAGCUUGGUAAUAAUUAGGUCUCUCUCUCUCUCUCGCUCUUGCGUGAGUACCAAGUAGUUGCAUGCAUCUGCUGCCAUGGCGGUGGCAGAGCUAACAUCUCCUACACCUGCAUACACCCACACCGCCUCUCAUCUCCGCUCUUUUUCCCAGCUCUCGCUUUCUUCUACCCAUCUCUCUCUUCCCUUCCGCCGCUCCUUUCGACCUCGAAACACUGUCAUCACUUGCUCUGUAAAUCAAGUUCAAGCCCCAGUUUCAGUACAGACCCGACAGCCCAAGGAAAAGUCUGAUUGCUUUGGUGUUUUCUGCCUAACAUAUGAUCUCAAAUCUGAACAGGAGACAAAAUCAUGGAAGAAACUAAUUAAGAUAGCAGUUUCUGGUGCUGCUGGGAUGAUAUCUAAUCACCUACUCUUUAAACUUGCAUCUGGGGAGGUUUUUGGCCCAGAUCAGCCAAUUGCAUUAAAACUAUUGGGAUCUGAAAGAUCAUUUCAAGCUCUUGAAGGAGUUGCAAUGGAACUUGAGGAUUCCUUGUAUCCUUUGUUGAGGGAGGUGAGCAUUGGAGUAAAUCCUUAUGAAGUGUUUGAAGAUGUUGAAUGGGCUUUGUUGGUUGGAGCAAAGCCCCGAGGGCCUGGCAUGGAACGAUCCAACUUACUAGAUAUCAACGGGCAGAUUUUUGCUGAGCAGGGAAAAGCUCUAAAUGCUGUUGCAUCUCGCAACGUCAAGGUGAUAGUCGUGGGCAACCCUUGUAACACCAAUUCUUUAAUUUGUUUGAAAAAUGCUCCAAAUAUACCUGCAAAAAAUUUUCAUGCUUUGACUAGGCUAGAUGAGAAUAGGGCAAAAUGCCAGCUUGCCUUGAAAGCAGGUGUUUUUUAUGAUAAAGUGUCGAACAUGACUAUCUGGGGAAAUCACUCAACCACUCAGGUUCCAGAUUUUCUGAAUGCUAGAAUAAAUGGUUUACCUGUAAAAGAGGUUAUCAAAGAUCACAAAUGGCUAGAAGAAGAGUUCACUGAGAAAAUUCAGAAGAGAGGUGGAGUGCUUAUUCAGAAAUGGGGGCGAUCAUCAGCUGCAUCUACUGCUGUGUCCGUCGUUGAUGCUAUAAAGUCUCUAGUAACCCCCACGCCUGAGGGUGACUGGUUUUCCUCUGGAGUUUACACUACUGGGAAUCCUUAUGGCAUUGCAGAGGAUUUAGUUUUCAGCAUGCCUUGCAGAUCAAAAGGAGAUGGUGAUUAUGAACUCGUCAAAGAUGUCGUAUUUGACGAUUACCUUCUAAAGAAAAUAAGGAAGACAGAAGCUGAGUUGCUAGCUGAGAAGAGGUGUGUAGCCCACCUUAUUGGAGAGGGUGCAGGUUUCUGUGAUCUGCCAGGAGACACAAUGCUUCCUGGAGAAAUGUAAUUAGAUAUGAGAAUUAUUCAGCAGGUAGUAGCAAUUUGUGAAUUUUAAGCCAUGUAAUCUAUUUUUAGAUUAUGAUCAUCACUAGUGAUAUGGAAUGGCUUUUGUAUUAUUUCUUGCAAUAUUCUUCAUUUUGUUGCACA